CACCCUCGGCCAUGGCCAUGGCAGGCAGGCCGCAACGGUCGUGCCCGCACCAGUUCCGUCAGCAGCCGCGGCCGCAGCCUUGGCAGGCCGUGGACUGAGUCAGCCGCUGGCCGACCGGUCCGAGCAGACCGGCGGUCCGGCCAGACCGGUUCGGACCGAGAGUGAGGGAGACCGAAUUGUUAGCAUCCAAGAAGGAAAUUCCACCGCAACAUCACACCGCCACCGUACGCGCAAGCUUAGCCACCGCACACGAGCACACGGCGCCGAUUGCACCGCAUCAAGGACCUUCCUUCGCCGGAGGU